GCUUUGUUUAUUAAUAUAUUCCAGCACUCUGGAGCUGCACGUGAGCAGGAGGUGCGGCUACGUUGCUCCCGCGCACGUGUACCGUGGCAAACUGACCGCUUCCAAGGGCGUACACGACUCCGUGGCUUCGCUCUCGCGUGCAGUAGAAAUAUAAAGAAAACAGAUAGUUUUCUGCUCAAAACGUGUUCGAGGUAACUAUCCAACCCCCAAAAGAAAAGGAAAGUAGAAGGGGUGUAGAGGGACCCAUUACGUCUGUGCUUCUCGACUCUCCGAGGCACGCAUACACCCGCCCACGCUCGCAAACAGCAACACUAGUAUUAUCACAAUUCAUCAGUGACGCAAAAAAAUGGACGGCUUUCAGGCAGCACAGGAGGAUCUUGAUGCCACUCUCGCUGAGCUCAAGAAACAGGUGGAGCUCGUCAUUGUGGCCAACACGCUCCCCGAGAAGAAGAAGGCCGAGAUGGAGACGCGACCGAAGAUGCGCGAGGCACGGCAGAAGCUCUCCGCCCUCCGUGCAGAGGCCCGCCGCAUCAUGGACCUGGAUGCGCGGCAGGUGCACGAUGGCAUUUGCAAAGAUCGCGAUGAGAUGAUUCGUAGUCUUGAUAUGGAGAUGAAGAAUCAAAUCUACCCACGCCGCGCCGCAGCACCGCGUCUCAAGACGUAUCAGGAGAAGCGUGAGGAGGAGAUGAUGGGGCCCGGCGGUGCGGAUGGCACGGGCUUCACAGACUCCAAGCAGGUCCUUAACGCGGCCAUCAACGUCCAGGAAGACGCCAUUCAAUCUUUGCAGCGCGCCGAGAGAAUUCAGCAUGUGACGGAGGAGACGGGUAAGACAACGCUGGCGGAGCUGCAGAAGCAGACGGAGCGAAUGUACCAAGUGGACGAGGAGCUGCAGAACCUGCAGGGCCAGAUCGAUCACGCCUCACGCGACCUGCGGUGGUUUUAUCGUCAGAUGGCGAAGGACAAGUGUUUCUUGUCUCUGUUUGGGAUUUGUAUUCUCGCGCUGUUGGUGCUCGUCUUCGUGUCCAUUUGGACGAAGCGUAAGAAGAGUAAGUAG